AUGAUAACCGUUGUGGUUUUAAUUGCGUACGUUGGAGGAAGCUUCGGUGCCAUUCCACCUUCAAUCAAAGUAUGCUCACGGAACGAUCCGCAACUGUCGCGAUGUGUCCUCGAGUCCGUCAACGAUCUAAAGCCGCGGUUGGCGACGGGCAAGAUAUCCGAUUCCUUCCAAAUACCACCAAUGGAACCGCUGGCAUUGUCCAGCAUCAACAUGGAUCGAGGUGCUGAAUUUAAGGGCACUUUCAGUGAGCUGCUUGUCUCUGGGGCAAGCAAGUUCAGAGUUGAUAACAUGCAGAUUAACCUCGACACACUGAUAUUCGAUUUCAAUAUCUUCCUACCGAAGUUGUCUUUCAAGGGAAAGUACGACCUAAGCAUCAAGCUGCUAUUCCUGAAUAUUGCAGGAGCCGGAGAUCUUGCCGGAGGGAUCGAAAACUUGCAUGGCCGGGUGAAGAUACUGUGCGAGAACUACACCAAGGACGGCAAGGAAUACAUCCGCGUGAAGAAGCUGCUCGUCCGCAUCCAGAUUGAAAAGGGCCGGUUCGACAUGAAGGACCUGUUCCGCGGUGAUCCAGUACUCAGUCAGGCCGGCAACCAGUUCAUCAACGAGAACUCGCGACUGUUACUCGACGAACUGACUCCCGGACUUGAGCGAAGCCUUGCGGAGACGUUCAAGAAUACGGCCAAUGAGAUCAUGAAGCAGGCGACCUAUGAUGAACUUUACCCGGUGUAA